UUGUGUGUGUGUUUCCAUGUGUCUCUCUCUUUCCCUCUUUCUCUCCAACAGGAACAGGGGUGAGUGUCCUGCUUUGAUUCCUGCUCUGAUCUGUUGAUGGUACUUUGGGGGUUUUGUUUUGUUUUUUAACCACCUUCUUCCUCUGGUCCUCUCUUCCUCUCUUUGCUUUGUUCCUCGCCUACUGGUACUGGACCAAGCAUGGAGAGUAACCAGCACACAGAGCUAUCUGCUGAACAGCAGCCACCCCCUUCAGCAGAGAACACUUCCUUGCUACCUCAUCUGAAUGGCCUGGACAAACAAUCUGAGCAGGAUCCACAGCCCAAGUCUCAGGUACCUGACAAAGAGGAAACAUCUGCCCUUGAAAAUAUGGGAAGUGAUAUUUCCGAAGAGCUCAAUCGGCAGCUGGAAGACAUUAUAAAGACCUAUGGAUCUGCCUCCAGCCUAAUGGGGAAAGAGAGCAGUGUGAGAGAUGAGAAGUCUGAGAAAACAGAACUAUUCAACCAUGAGGAAGGGGAAUAUGAAGAAGUAAACGAUGACAGUGAAAAAGAACCAAUAGCUGCUGGAGAAACCCCCACAUCCACAGUCAGGGAGCCUUUCAAUAAUAAGGAACAAAAACGGGAAAAGAAAAUCCUGAAAGGACUAGGUAAAGAAGCUACACUGCUAAUGCAAAAUCUGAACAAACUGCCAACAGCUGAGGAAAAACUUGACGUUUUAUUCAAGAAGUAUGCUGAAUUGCUGGAAGAACACCGGGCUGAGCAGAAGCAGCUGAAGCACCUGCAGAAGAGACAGGCCCAAAUCAUCAAGGAGAAGGACCAGUUGCAAAGUGAGCACAGCAAAGCUGUCCUAGCCCGGAGUAAGCUGGAAAGUCUGUGUCGUGAGCUUCAGAGACACAACAAAACUCUCAAGGAGGAAACUCUCCAGAGAGCACGUGAGGAAGAUGAGAAAAGGAAAGAGAUCACAAACCAUUUUCAGGGCACGCUGAGUGACAUCCAGGCUCAGAUUGAGCAACAGAGUGAAAGAAACAUGACAUUAUGCCAAGAAAACACAGAGCUAGCAGAGAAACUGAAAAGCAUCAUUGAUCAGUAUGAACUGAGAGAAGAGCAUCUGGAUAAAAUAUUUAAGCACCGGGAACUCCAACAGAAGCUGGUGGAUGCAAAACUUGAAGAGGCCCAAGAAAUGAUGAAGGAAGCAGAGGAGCGACACCAGAGAGAAAAAGAAUAUUUACUGAAUCAAGCAGCUGAGUGGAAGCUUCAGACUAAAAUGCUGAAAGAACAAGAAACAGUCCUACAAGCCCAGCUUACUCUCUAUUCUGAGAGGUUUGAAGAGUUCCAGAAUACGUUGACAAAAAGCAAUGAGGUAUUUGCCACUUUCAAGCAGGAAAUGGAUAAAACAACGAAGAAAAUGAAAAAGCUGGAAAAGGAUACAGCUACAUGGAAAUCAAGAUUUGAAAACUGUAACAAAGCACUCCUGGACAUGAUUGAAGAGAAAGCAGUGAGGACUAAAGAAUACGAGUGCUUUGUGAUGAAAAUUGGAAGACUAGAAAACCUCUGUAGAGCUCUGCACGAGGAGAGAAAUGAGCUAUAUAAAAAAAUUAAAGAGGCUAAAAUCCCUGAAAAAGAAGAAAAUGAGAACACCUCAGAAGAAGAGCCUGACACAGCUGAUGGAACAGCUGAUGCACAGGUAGCCAGUACUGAUGAAAAUACGCCAAGGAAUCUGGCAACAGCUUUCAUGGUAACCCAUCAUGUGGAAGUUCCACAUGACCAAUCCUGUGAAAACACAGAGCUGAAAUUAUAUAGUUCUCAAGCCUGCAGCCCAGGGAGCUCCCUAGAGCAACCAAAUCCUCCAUCUAAGUCUAAGGAAUAUGAGGAGGUCACAUCUCCACCAAUGACUGACAAUCAGUCUCUCUUACCAAGGGCAGUUUCCCAAAGUCAGUCCAUAAAGCCUACAGCAAGGACUGAUAGUCAUCCCUUCCAAGCACCAGCAGAAGCAGAUGGUCAAUCCCUCCCACCAAUUGGAAAGGUUCCAAGUCAGCCCCCACAAAUUUCAGCAAAUAUUAAUAAUCCAUCCCCACAACCAACCCAAGAGGCUAACAGUCAGCCCUUACAGUCUACAGCAAGUGACCAAUGUCAACUUGUGCAAACUGUAUGUGAGUCGAACAGUCAGCCCUCAACAUCUGCAGCAGAGAGCCAAAGGCAAACUUCACAGCACAGUCUCCCAAUGUGACACUGAUGCCUAAGCCAGAUACUGAUAUGGAACAAGUCAAUUAAAGGCUAUUUUUCUGGCUGACCUCUGUGAAGUUUGCAUUUUGACUUCUGACUGUUUUAACAGGCAUAAAAGAAUGGGAAAUGGGAGGAAGGCUGUCAAGUAAAAGUUAAUUAAUUUCAAAUGUCUUCAAUUCUUUGUGGUAUACACUUUCAGUUUAAGGCCAUCUAUAAUUAAUCAUUGAUUUGGAGCUUUUCUAGACAAUAAGAGUUAAUGGUCUGGUAUUCCCUAAAGGCAGUAAAACAUGGCAAAAUGAUACUACUUUACCCUUAAAAGGCAUUUGAUUUGAUUUUUAAAUCAAAAAUAGAAUUUUAUUUAAGAAAGUUCAUUUAACUAUAAUCAUAUAAGCAUGGAUUCAUGCUGUUUGUUUCUCUGAAUCAUGAUAAUGAACACUGUCAAUGGUAUUAGUGGUUUCAGUAUGCUUUUUAAAAGUUGGUCAUUAUGGCAACAGCGCACACAUUUCAAAAAUAGUUGGUCCCUCAUCUCUCAAACAUAUGCCUUCCCUGCACUCUCCUUCCUGCCUAAUCCAUACAACACAUAUUCUGGUAAAAAAAAAAUAUUAAAUUUUGCAUUAAGCACUACAAAUAAAUGAUGUCUUUUGUCAGUUUCUACCCGGGAUAGAUUCUAAAGAUGGAUUUUCAUGUUUUUAUAGUGCUAGACAAAAUAUAACUAAACCACUGAUGCAUCAGUAUAAUGCAAUCCAUUGAACCAAAAAUCAAAGUGAAAUCAAGGCAUUUGCUGACAGUGAAGAUCAGAGAUCCAAACAACUUUCAGUCUUCUGGUGAACAAAAUACCAAGUGAAUCUUUCUUUGUCAAAUUCCACAUGAUACAACAGAAACUCAGAAUUGGAAGAGACUUCAAAGGUCCUCUAAUAAUACUCAUAUCUAAAUGAAUCUCUACAAUGGUAUCUUGACAAAAUAGACAUCCAGCUUCCAAUUGAAGAUCUUCAAAAAUGAACAGUUCAUCAGAUUAGCCCACUCUACUUUUAAAGAACUAUGAAAAUGUUGAAGUUUUUCUUUUGUGGAGAUUAAAUUUGUCUCCUAUUAACUUCUAGUUACUGACCCUACUUUUGCCCUUUGAAGCCAAAAAAUCUAAUCCCUUUUCCAUAUGACAAUUCUUUAAAUGCUUGAGGGCUUGAUGUCCCUUCAUUCACCUCUUCUUUGGGUAAAUAGCUACAUUUCAUUUAAUUAGUCCUUGUUUGGCAUAAUUUUUUAUUCUUUUCAUAGUUAUAGGAAUGCUCUUCUGAAGUAGUUUGUCAAUGUACUUUAUAAAAUUUACCAUAAAGAACAGAACACAAGAGUUGUUCUUGGGUUGACAUGACAGAAUAUGGUAGAACUAAUCUCUUCUUUCUUUAAUGUGCAGUUCUUUUACAGUCAAGUCAAGUAUGCCUUGACUGAGGUCAUAUCUUCCUAUAGACCUAUAUUGAAUUUUUGUUGGGCAAAAAUCCCCUCAUCCCUUCCAUGUGACCAUGAUUUGAAUAAUCUGAUCUUGUAAAUAUUCAAACAAUGGCCAAAUUCUAGUCAAUAUUUUCAUAGCGUGUGGUCUCAGAGAAAGAAAAAGGAGCUGACUUCAUAAAGAGUUAGCAGUUUAGCAGAGAAUUUACAUAUUAGGAAGAAUCCCUAUUUUGCUUUCUUCAUGGAAGUGCUAAUUGCUCUUAUUUUUCUCACAUUAAUGGCUACCAUCUGUAUGAUUAAGUCAAGAGCAUGCAACAAAGACUUAGGUCACAUCGGUAUAGUGUUGGAGGAGUUAGUGAAGAAACAAGAUGCCUUGUUGUGCAAUAUACUUUCAACACGUAAUAAAUUGCUACUUUCAUCUUUCAAAGUUAUAGAGUGUAUAUAAACUAAGGUAGUCAUCAGGCCCAGUAAAGUAGUGGUAAGCUUUACUGGGCCUGAUGACUACCUUAGUUUAUAUACACUUGUGUAGCAAUCUUUUCACUGCCAUUAGCUUUCAAUCUUAUAACUUUGGCCUCUCUCAUGAGGUGUCAAGAUACACUGACUUGCUGGACAAGAACGGUUGAAGUGAGAAAAGGAACUUCAGAGAUGGGACCAUGGGUAAACCUUGCUCUUCUCUGCUGUAUUGCUUUAAAUAUUCUGUUAUAAACUAAAUGCAUAAUUUCAUUCUUCCAAUCCCUUAGUCUAGCCUCAUUUACACCUAUUACAUUCUCUUUCAUAGGCAUAUAAAUCUCCUUUUUAACAUUACCAGUCUUCACCCAACAAAAAAGGAAGAAAAAGAUAAAAGAAGGGAUAAAGUUGCUGCUUGAGAUAAGUUUUAUGAUGAUAAUAGAUGAUGGAGAGAAAACAUGAGAUAAGUGUUAUGAUGAUAAUAGAUGAUGGAGAGAAAAAAUUUACUUAACUCUUCUUCUGAUUCCAUUUUGUGUACCAAGAAGAAUUAUUUUCAAACUGUACAAUUUUGAAUAAAAAUAGCCAAAAGGAAAAACCCAAUAUAAGUUCAAAGAGAAAUCUCAUAAUAAGUGAGGAGGCAAUUAAAGAGCUUUCAAGAGAGCACUGAAUGAUAGUGUUGUUGACGUGGAACCCAUUGAAUGAUUGAUCCCAAAGAAUGGUAAUGAACAGAUUAUUGUCAUUUUGGAAAGAAGCUUCCAGUAGAGUGUCUGAGAGAUUCCUCUUUGAUCCUAUUUUGUUUAACAUUUUUUGUCAAUAACUCUUAUGAAGAAAUAGAUGAUAUGCUUUCCAAAUUUAUGAAUGACAUGAAUUUGGAAGGAUAACUAACAUAUUAAAUGACUGAUUUAUGAUUCAAAAAGUUAUUUAUAGGUUAGAAUGAUGGGUUAAGCUUAAUAACAUGUGAUUUAAUAAAAACAAUGAUAAAGUAUAUUUUAGAGGAAAAAAAGCAAUGGCUAAGAAUGAGGCAGAUGUGACUAGACAACAAAUUUAUGCAAAUAACAUUUGGAAUAUAAACUCAAUAUGCAGUCAAUGGUAUGAUAUGGCAGUACAAAAAUAUAAGGCAACUUUAAACUACUCAGAAUAAGGAAGACUACAUUCCCUUUAUAUUCUGUUGUGAUCAUACUAGAUCUUGGGCAAUAUUCAGUCCUGUCAGAUAUAUUUCAGGAAAAAGAUUAAUAAUCUGAACCUUAGUUACUUUAUUUGUAAAAUGGAAGAAUUGAAUCAGAUAACUUCUCAGGUUUUUUCCAGUCCCAAUUAUGCCAUUAUAUGAUUAUAUUAUGAUGGAAUAUAUCCAGAUGAAAACAGCCAUAAGAAAAGAUACCUGAAACUAAGCCUACAAUUAUCAAUUGAUAUAAUUAGGAAUAUUUAGACUACUUUCAAUAUGUGGAACUAAAGGGAUAGAGGAGAGUAAUAGUCAUCCUCAAGUAGUAUAAGGGUUAUUAUUUGAAAGAAUGAGAGAUGUUUUAUUUGAACACAGAAGGCAAAAUUAAGAGCAAUGAGUAGAAGUUGUAGAGAUUUUGUCUCAAAAUAAAUAAAAACUUUCUAACAAUGAGGACUGUCCAGAGUGAAACAGCCUGCCUCAAUAAUUAGUAUGUUCCCUGUGAAGUCAACACCCAGAGACUGGGUGACCAAAAGAUGUGUAUUGGAUCAUAAAACUUCUAGGAUUUUUCCAAUUCUGACAUUGUAUUCUGAAACAUCUGCUUCUUGCUAAAUUCCUUCCUUUGCAGCAGGAAAUUAGAUUGAGCCCUCAUCCUAAUAAAUAUUAAGUGAAAAUUAUUUUUAUUCUAAACUGGAUAGUUAUGCAGAGUUUUAGGAAAAGGGGAGAAUCUAUACCAAGCCAAUAAACCCUUUCCCCAAAAAAUUCUGUACUUGCCAAAAGAACAACUCUAAAAAAAUAGAGUUAUGUUUAAAAUUCUUAGGGAAAAGAGUAAGAAUCUGGAAAAAAGUCAGGAAGCUAGUUUCAUGUAAGCCAAGUAAAAUUUUGGAACCUCUUCUAUUGUCAUCAGUUGCCCUAAUUAGGACCAGAAUAGUUCAUAAUUUUAAAAAAAUUAUUCACUACCCUCCCCCCUCCCAGUGUACAAACAGGUAGGGGAAAAAUAGACUAGUCUUUUUUCUGGUCUUAAAUUGCUUAUGUGUACAUGGCAACAAUCUUCAACAGGAUUGGUAAACUCUGCAUAAAAGGUAUCCUAAAUAGACAAUGAUGAUACUGAUUGGUAUAAAUGCUAAAGUUAAAAAAAAAUCAGGCAAAAUCAUGUUACUAUUUGGGAAUCAUUGUGUUUUGAGGGCUUAAAUUGUUAUGACAACAAUAGAUUUACCAGCCAGAUUCAAAAUGUUACUGCCAAUGUAGGGAUUUGAUUGUUCCAAUAACUCAGUACAAUGUAUUCAAUUUAACCAUCCAAAGGAACUCAGUUCCAACAGUUUAUAGACUCAGAAUUCCCAAAUAUUGGAGGAUAUUACAGAAACAUGGUAAAGUUAUAAUCUGAGUGAAAAGGAUGAAGAAGAGGCAAGACGGAAGCCAAAAUCUAGAAAAUGGAAUAUUACUACUCCAAAAUUCAUUUGACUUCAUCCAAGAGAAAUUUGUUGAUUUAAAGUUUUAUCACUACAUUAUUUCAUUAAUUUAUAGGAACUAGACAAAAGUUUCAAAUAAUGUAAAUUCCUUGCUAUUUACUGAGCAUGAAAUAGUCUUUGGAAGGAUUAUUUUAUGUUCAAAGCAUGUUUUAUUACAGUUGUUUAUGUUGGAGUUUGGCUUUGAUAAUUAUAACAAUAACUCUCAAGAGCUGAAAGAAGAAGGAAUUUAUAUUCUUUUAAAAAGUUCAUUUAAUUAUAUCUAUAGACACCAAGUCUGUGUCAAACAGAAAUGCAGCUGUUGGAGUUUUCUAAAUUAAAUUAUUAUAAUUUAUGUAUCUAUUAAAAGUUAUUUCCCUUGCUGACUUUUUUUUCCUUUGGUGGUGGUAGUUCCUUUCUAUAUCUUUUUCUGUAUUUCAAUCUUUGACACCAAAAAUAUAUCUAAUAUACAUUUUAUUUGA